GCCCCCGCCGGCGCGCCAGCCCCACGGCCCCGGCUGGCGGGAGCUCGCCCGGGCUCACCAUGCACUGCCACGCGGAGCUGAGGCUGAGCUCGCCCGGCCAACUCAAAGCAGCCAGGCGGCGCUACAAGACUUUCAUGAUCGACGAGAUCCUCUCCAAGGAGACCUGCGAUUACUUUGAGAAACUUUCCCUCUACUCCGUGUGCCCGUCGCUGGUCGUGCGACCCAAGCCCCUGCAUUCCUGUACCGGACCCACUUCCCUCCGGGCAUAUCCUCUCCUCUCGGUGAUCACCCGACAGCCCACGGUCAUCUCCCAUCUGGUCCCCACCACCCCGGGAAUCGCCCAAGCUCUGUCCCGCCACCCGGCCACGGAAGCUUCCUCUGCGGAGGCCCCAGGCGAGAACCACGGCAGCAGCGAGUCUGAGACGGAGCAGCCCACGCCCCGGCAGAAAAAGCCCCGCCGGAGCCGCACCAUCUUCACCGAGCUACAGCUCAUGGGCCUGGAGAAGAAGUUCCAGAAGCAGAAGUACUUGUCCACCCCAGACAGGUUGGACUUGGCCCAGUCUCUAGGACUCACUCAACUGCAGGUGAAGACCUGGUACCAGAACCGCAGGAUGAAAUGGAAAAAAAUGGUUCUUAAAGGUGGACAGGAAGCACCCACCAAACCCAAAGGUCGUCCCAAGAAGAACUCCAUCCCCUCAUCAGAAGAGAUCGAAGCUGAAGAGAAGCUGAACAGUCAGGUUCAGAGCCAGGAGCUCCGGGAGCCCUCCCAGGGCCUGGAGGGGCUCUGUGAUACGCAGGAACCAAAGGCACGCGUUGUCCCUGUGGAGGUGGCCGAGUCCCCAGGCCAGGCCCAGGAGUUGCCAGUAACCCCUCCAGAACCCCCACCAUCAAGCUAAAAUAAAACUCUUGGUGGGGGGAAGGGGGAGACUGGGAAGAAGGGAAAGAGAGAGGGCAGGGAGACCAGAGAGAAGAAAGCUGCCGAGAGCCCGUGACCUGGGGGAGAAGACCACAGCCGGCUCCCUCCCUCCUGCCCACGGCUCUCAGCUCCAGCUUUUGAGGAAGACUUGCUAGCCUUGGCCUGCUCUUCCUGAAAAGCUACCUAAGCCACACAAGCCCUUGACUAAGGGACACAGUGCCUUGGAACUGCCGGCCCCAGUUGGGGUGACGCCGUGGAGCUGUCUGGGUCCAAGCUCCCCCUGGCAUGAUGGGGGACACUCCGACCAGCCUCGGAGCAGCUAGCCAUCAAAGCAGAGAGAGAUGGAGGAGUGGGCAGCAUGCCCAGGUUCCUUGCUGACUCAGCACUUAUUUCUGUAGUUUUAAAAGAGAAUUUAAUGUUUUUGAUUGUUGUUUUUUUGAGGGGGAAGGGGUGGUCGGUGAGGGCGGGCAAGUAAGAGUUGGGGGAAGGGAGUUUUGAGUUAAUAGAAUAAAGUUUGUUUGAAGACACGUGUGCCUUUGUACCCAUUAUAAGGUAGUCAGGUGACCCAGGAACUGAUAAACCUUGUUUUUCUCGCUUGAUUCAGUUGCCAUCCCUGAAGCUGCAAUGCAGAUAUGUUAAGAUAACUUUUAUUUUUUAAUUAAAAAUAAAUCUUCCGAAAAG